AUGGAGAAGAAGUUUGGGAUGGAGGAGAAGUUUGGAAUGGAGCAGAAGAAUCGAAUUAAGGAAGCAGAAGAAGUUAAGGAGGAUGGAGAAGAAGUUAGGGAAGGAGAAAAGGUUAAGAAUAAAGAACAAGUUAGGGAAGGAGAAGAAGUUAAGGAUGGAGAAAUAUUUUGGGAUGGGGAAGAAGUGAAGGAAGGAGAAGAGGUUAAGGAAGAAGAAGAAGAAGUUUUGGAUGGAGAAGAAGUUAAGGGUAAAGAAAAAAGGAUGAUGAGGAAGAAAGUAAGGAUGGAGAAGAAGAAGUUAUGGACAGAGAAGAUGUUAAAGAUGGAGAAGAAACUAAGGAAGGAGAAGAAAUUAGAGAAGAAGUUUGGGAUGGAGAAAAAGUUAAGGAUGGAGAAGAAGUUUGGGAGGGAGGAGAAGUUUGGAAUGGAGGAGAAGUGUCGCCGCCGUCAAAACGAGGCGGUCGGAGCGACGCGAUGA